AUGCUUGCGGAUGAACCGAUUGAGGUGGUAGAUAAAUUUGUUUACCUGGGCAGCUGUAUCAGUCCCGGUGGUCUCACGAAAGAUGAUGUUUCCAUCCGGAUUGGGAAGGCCAAAGCAGCUUUUGUGAACCUACGUCACCUGAGAGGGCUGGAUACAGACCCUCCGGUCCUGGUGCCUUCUCACGUUUCAGUACGGCUAUUUCGUACCCUAUUUCUUCUUCUGAAGGGCGAUCAAGGUUUACAUUCCAUUCGCCCACAUGCUUUACCUCCACUGCAUUUAAAAGCAUGUUGUGCAAUUGAAGUUUCGCUGAAUCGACUUACUUUCGCUAAACUACGCCUGGACAGUACGGGCCCAAAUCGUGUCUUACUGGAGGUGUGGGAUAGCGUACCACUCAAGCUCCCUGGUGGGAAAGAAUUCAGGCCACAGCUAUGUGAAAGCGUGGCUGCAAACCGCGAACUUCAUCCAACACAUACCACUUCUCUGCCAGUCUACACAGUGGACAAGAGACAGCGAAACAAAAUUCUCUCCAAGUGGUUUACGUCCGGCAGCGAAUCUCCCAGCCUUGAUAUACUGCUUGCCCGGCUGCAUGGUCUAGCCCCGCAUCCCUCAGUUCUUUCCCAUCUGUCUUCUCUGUUAAAAAUCCCCGAUGUUGACAGGACAACUCAAGGAUCGCUUUUUUACGAUCACGAAAAGACUUCGAUGCGGGCGGCGUUAGUCCACUUGGAUCAAAACGGCGUCACACCUGCUUACUGUGAAACAGCCGGUCUACUGUUCCGGCCCGUAUCGUUUGGACAAACUCCGAAGGCGAGAACAACAUUAGCUGAUACGAUUGGAUACAGCCAGCACGCUCUAGUCCUGGGUUUCUUGUGCGCCAGUCUCCUGCCCUCUUCAAAUCCAAACUCGCUUGCUUUUCCAUGUAUUGAUGAAUACAGCCUAUCUUCGUGGGUUGGUUACCGAGCAGAAGAUUGGCCUCGCGUUGUCCAGGAAGCCCUUCAAAAUUACCCGGAUGCCUAUAUUCGACUGACUCCCCCAGUUAGACGUUCCAUACCAGUUCGAAAUCACACAGAGGACAUUUUGAAUAUGCUCAUCUCGCUUGUUUGUCUGAAGAUCAAGCUGAAGAUUGGCUUCUCCCUUCAUACAGACUGGUGA